CUGUUGGGUUCGUGAAUGCUGGUUGUGUUUCGAUUUGGCUUGGGUUUAGCUGUUUAGGUUAGAAGAAAUGGCAGAAAUCCUCAGUUUAGUAGCUGGGCUAGAGCUGGUUAUUUAUACGGGUUCAGUUAUCGCUGUUACUGUAUUACAAUAGGCAAGCACGCUAUUAAGUAGUAAGGCGCUUUGAAUUAGGCUAGAAAAGCGCCCAGUAGUAAGAAUGCGACGCGCCGAGAAGCGGAAGAAACUCCAGGACGACCUCCUCAAAUCCCGUUAUCAGCCAUCGCCGGACCGCGAUGCGAAGGGAGACGAUGAGACGCCGGCGUUUGCACCGACUGAAGAGUUCGAUGUGAAUCUCAUUCCAGAUGAUUACGGGUUGCAGAUAGGUGGUUCGUCGUCGUCGCCGAGCAGCGACAAGGAGGGAGAUGGAGGCGUCCAGAAGUUAUCUAGGGCUCAGAGGAAGAGGUUGAGGAAGAAGAAGAUUAAGGAAGACGUUUCCCGCCGGAAGGGAAUCAUUGGACCGCUACUACCUAGUUCACCGCCAGAGCAAGCAGAGAGCAGUCUAGGUGUUCGACAAAAUGCCGAACAGAGUGGCGAGGGAGAUGGGGGUAAUUCUAGGGGAGAGCGACGACGUCUUGAAACGCCGAAUGCGAGCAGGAUAAAGCAGCGAAGGAAGGCAAAGAAGCUGGCCAAGGAGAAGCUGGUACCUCCCCCUUGUUCGAAUUUGGGAGUUUCUACAAGCUUGAAUGCAGUUGACGACGGAAAUUCUGCACAGAAGAACAUUGAUCUAGAGGAGGAUAAUGAGUCGAUACUACCAGCCCACAUCUCAACUGCGGAUCAUGAAUCAUCAUCUGGAAAUUAGAAAACGGGAGCAAAGUCUGCGGAUUAUGCAUGAAGUGCGAUGUUUCUGCAGGCUCUGCCAAUAAACUAAACGCUUAUCCGAAUUAGCCAAGGGAAUCUUGCCCGCUUUAGCCAAAGCAUUGCUUUUGUAAUUGGUUCCCAGGGGUGUCAAUUCGGUUUCGGGUUUACCCGAAACCGACUCGAUUAUAUACAUUUACGAUUUUUUGGGUUCGGGUUCGUUUCGGAUUUUUCGGUUUUGGGUUUGGUUUUGCUUAUCGGUUUUUAGGGUUGCGGCUAAAAACCUCCAAUGAAUAGAACUCAGCUCG